CCAUUGGUGGAGAAGUCUGACCAUAAACAGUUAAUUUUCAAUUCAACAACAAGCGAUAUGGAUCGGGUGCCAAUUUUUUUCUCAAAAUAAAAAGAAAGAAAUGGCACGAGCAAGCAAAGAGCCGUGCAAGAAAGAAGCUUGCGAUAUUCAAGCUUGUCUCUCCAAAAACAACUUCCUCCCUCAGAAGUGCCUUAAAGUGAUAGAAAAUCUGCAGUCUUGCUGUGUGAAAUGCGAUUACAAGUCAACACAUUGUGCUUCGGUGUCUGGCCUUCUGAAGCAAAUGCCCAAGUGAGGCCAAAAUCUUAAUAUUGCCAUCUAGAGGAAAGGGAUUGCUGUCUUGUCUGUUCUCUUCUAGAGGAAUACAACAGCAUCAAAAUGUCUCAUGAGUUUUACAUCAUGGGAUACUGCAAUUCAAUAUGUUCUGUUUCUCCAAGUAGAGGUAUAUGUGAGAAUCUGAUUCUAUGCCAGGUGCUGUAAAUUGUGGAAGAGAAUAUUUAGCCAGAGACUAUUCUGUAUUCUCUGAAGGGAAGAAAAAAGAAAAAAGAAACUAGAACAAAGCUCGAAAACUUGUCAUGGAACCACAGUCAAUAGAAAUGUUCAUGUUUCUGUGUAUUAGAAUGCUUAGUAGCUCGAAUAACAGCUGCUUCCGGCCCUGAGCUUCUACUGGAUGUCAUACCGGGCAUUCAGUCUUCAGGUUCAGAAUGCAAAGAUCGCCCGGAUAGCCUCUUCUCGGUACUCAACUGCUAGGUUUUUUGGUUCCUGCCCCAUGUUAAAACUGCUUCAAGCUAAUUAGUAUUUCCUUGUUGAUUGAUUA